AUGGCAGAGCAGGUUGCAGAUGUGUUGAAGAAUUUGAAGGUGAAGGAUCCCAAUGCAGUGAUGGAAUCAGCAGCUGAGGCCAAGUCAAAUGGAAAUACACAAGCUGAAGCCGAAGAUUCGGAUGAUGACGAUGAGGAGCCAGUGAAUGGGGAAGGCACAGGAGAAGGAGGAGCUAAGAAGAAGAGAAAGCGCAAGAAGAAGCCAAAGAAGAAGGCUGGAGCCAACCCUAAAGUCCAAUCGGCGCCUCCGCGAGUUCUCUUAUCGAAUUUGUUUCCAAGCGGCGAAUACCCUGUUGGCGAGAUUGAGGAAUAUAGAGACGAGAAUAACUAUCGAACAACCAACGAAGAGAAACGUUAUUUGGAUCGCAUGAACAACGAUUUCUUGCAGGAGUAUCGUCAGGGUGCCGAGAUUCACAGACAGGUUAGGCAGUAUGCCAAGGCCAAUAUUAAGCCUGGGCAGACCUUGACAGAAAUCGCAGAAGGAAUUGAGAAUAGUGUGAGAGCUUUGUCUGGUCACCCAGGAUUGGAGGAUGGGGACAACAUUGCGGGCGGUGUCGCUUUCCCAACUGGUGUCAAUCUGGAUCAUAUCGCCGCUCAUUACAGUCCAAACGCCGGCAACAAGACCGUUUUAGCUUAUGAGAAUGUUAUGAAGGUCGAUUUUGGAGUACACAUCAACGGUAGAAUUGUGGAUAGUGCUUUCACUAUUGCGUUCGAUCCCAUGUACGACAAUCUUCUGGAGGCCGUUAAACAAGCUACGAAUACCGGAAUCAAGGAGGCAGGAAUUGAUGCGAGAUUGGGAGAAAUUGGCGAGCAUAUUCAGGAGACUAUGGAGAGUUACGAAGUUGAGAUCAAGGGUCAAACAUACCAAGUCAAGCCGAUUAAGAACUUGAAUGGUCAUGAUAUUCUACAAUGGAAGAUUCACGGUGGAAAGAGUGUUCCAAUUGUGAAGAGCAAUGACCAGACCAAGAUGGAAGAGGGAGAGGUUUUCGCUAUUGAAACUUUCGGAAGUACCGGAAAUGGUUAUGUUCGAGAUGAUCUUGAAUGUUCUCACUACGCCAAGGUUGCCGAUGCUCCUAACGUUCCAUUGCGCAUUGCAUCAGCUGGCAAACUUCUCAAUGUUAUUAACAAGAACUUCGGCACCUUACCGUUCUGUAGAAGAUACUUGGACCGUUUAGGCCAAGACAAGUAUUUGCUCGGCUUGAACGCAUUAGUAUCCAGUGGCAUCGUACAAGAUUAUCCUCCACUCGUCGACAAAAAGGGCUCUUACACCGCACAAUUUGAACAUACAAUCCUCCUCAGACCAAACUGCAAAGAAGUAAUUAGUCGCGGUGAUGAUUACUAG